AUGCCGGUUCACUCGCUCGCUUCUGCUUUCGGCAACAUUUCGAUUUCCCAACUCAUGUUCGGAGCUUUCAUCUUCGCUUUAGUGAUAUCCGUGAAAGCUUGGGCGGGAGGUAGGAAAUGUACGUGGGAGAGAGACUGGAAAGGGAAGAUGAUCUUGGUUGUUGCACCACCCACACCAACUAUCCUUACACUGAUCGACACCCUGCUACAUCUCCCUUCCCCACCUCAGAUCCUAUACUUACCACCUCUUCCAUCCCCUUUACCCGAAUCACUAUUGACCAUCCUUCACACGAUCCGUCUUUCAGCUACGUCCUCCAACCCAGCCGCUCAACUUCACUGCGAACCCCUCCCUCCGACUCCAGAGACAAUCACAGCCUUCAUGCGUCAGUGGGGAUCGGCACCUGUCCAGAUGGUAGGCGAAGGUGGAAGGCGGAUCGAUUCGAUUAUCCUUGGGAAAGGAUGGGAGGUGACACCUUCGUCAUUCGUUAAACCUAAAGAUGGAGAAUGGGGUAAUGAUGAAUUCAAAUUCCAUUUUUUGACUUCACUCUUACCUACUUUACUUCGUUCGCCUGCCGAGAGGGAUAUAAGGGUGGUUCAAUUGAUAUCUCCCACUUGGUCUGCUGCCUUACCUAGUUUAAUGGAUAUCACUGUGGAAGAUACACAAAGUAAGAAGAAGAGGGGAAUUAGGAAAGACGAUUUGGUAAACUCGACUGGACGAAGGAACCUCAAUUCAUUGUUGUUGUUCAAGCACUUCCAGUUGAUUUUAGAUACGUUAGAAGCUGCUCAGAGAGGAAAGAUAAAACCGAUCCCCAAUCCUGAUAAACCAGAGGAGAAUCUGAAAGUGAGAGAUAAAGAUGUGAGAAGUAAUGUCAAGGCUGUUAGUGUGAUUAUGCCGUGGGCGAGGGAUGAGGUCUUGAAAGGUAGUUUGGUGAGCUCGUGGUUGAGUAGAAUAUCAUGGAUCCUUUUCUAUCCUCUAAUUCUACUCAUCACACCCUCACCGAUAUCAUCAGUCCAAUCGAUCCUAUUCGCCCUCUCUGCUCCUGUCAGACAAGGCGAGAUAGAUGAUACUCCGAAAGUUGCAGAUCAAGGUAAAGAAGUAGUAGACCAACGCAGGAGUGGAAUUGCUGGUGGUGACGUGGUCAGAGACUGUGCUGUUGUUGAUCUACCGCCAGUUCUUUCUGAUCCCGCUCUUGCUAAGGCAUUAUACGACGAAUUGGAGAAAGAAGUAGAGAAGGGAGUGAAGAGGUCGAAAUAA